UGACCUUACAAUGCUGCAUUGGUGUGAGAUAGGAACAUUAAAAACAGUCUUUGAUUGGACCAUGCAGCUUUGCUGUCCUGUCAGUGAGGAUAUUCGUCAAAGAGCUUGGAAGAUUUCUAAACACCUGAGAAAGGCUUUUGGAUUUGCAAUUUUACCAGCGAUGGCUGAAGAGAGUCUUUUUACUGUGGAGGAUUUACAGUGUCCUGUAUGCUGUGAGAUCUUCGAUGUCCCCGUCAUACUGGGUUGCAAACAUAGCUUCUGCAAAACCUGCAUUCUGAGACACUGGGACCGUAUGGGAACACGGCAAUGUCCUCUGUGCCGCCGUACAGAGCGCUCAUCCAGGCCUGCAAUCAAUCUGUCUCUAAAGUUAGCCACGGAUGUCUUCAAACAGAAGCCGGAGCAGUUCAUGGUAAAAUCAGUGGAACGCUGCUCAAUACACAACGAGGAAUUAAAGCUUUUUUGUCGGAAAGAUGCAGAACUUAUCUGUGUUGCUUGCACGUCAUCAAGGAGUCACAAAAAUCAUGAGUACUGCCCAAUAACUGAGGCAGCAUCGGAAAUAAUGAAAGAGCUCACAUCUAGGUACAAUCCUUUGAAAAAACAACUAACCACCUUUGAAAAAUUAAAGGAGAGCUUGGUGGAACUGGAAACAUACAUACAGAAACAAGCUGCCGAAACGGCUGCAGAAGUAAAACAAGAGUAUGAAAAGUUACAUACAAUCCUGAGGGAGGAGGAGGCAGCUCGAUUCAUGGUACUUCAAAAUGAAAAAGACAGCAAGACCGUGAUGGUGAGAGAGAAACUGGAGGAGGUCAACAAGAGCAUUGAAGAGCUCUCUGACAUCAUCAAAUACAUAGAGCCCAUCAUAAUAGCAGAUGAUCUGACAUUUCUAAAGGAAUGUAAGGAGGCAAUAAAACGGACUAGCUAUACUGCUCCUGAAACAGAAUAUCCAAAAAGGGCACUUAUAGAUGUGCUUCAGUACCUUGGAUCAUUAAAGCACGGGGUCUGGAAAAGAAUGGAAAGAGAUGUACACUACUGCUCUGUCAGUUUAGAUCCAAACACAGCACACCCUAACUUGAUCAUCAAAGAUGAACUCACCACUGUCAUCUAUGGGAAAAAACAGCAGCUUCCUGAUAACCCGGAACGCUGCACAAGCCGUAUGGCAGUGCUCGCUGCUAACGGCUUAAAUUCAGGAAAACAGCGCUGGUAUGUAGAGGUGGCACAAAGCAGAGAGUGGUACAUUGGGGUGGCACGAGAGUCCAUAAACAGAAAGACUGCAGUUUUUCUCAACCCGAGGGAGGGUUUCUGGGUCAUUUCAAACAAUGAGGAAUCCUACUGGGCUCAGACCUCUCCCCGUACACGACUGACCCUGAAAAAACCCCCACAGAUAAUCACAGUUGAACUGGACUAUGAUAAAGGAAAGGUUUCCUUUUCUGACUCUGCAGAUGGUAGCAGUAUUUAUUCGUUUAAAGAUAAGUUUACUGAGAGAAUCUUUCCUUAUUUUUCCACUGGGAUAAAGGAGGGAAGCAUACUUAGAAUCUGUGCACUUUAAGAUGUCCAUAAUACAGUACAUUAAUUUAAACAUGCAACUAUAAAACAUUCAUUUGUGGGUGAAUUUUAAACAAAUAUGUGCAGGUCAUAUUUCACCAAAAAUCAAAGGCAAAAAAGUGACAUUUAUUUGCAUCUAGACUUUAAAUUCAGAAUUAUUUUCAAAGGUGAUUAUCAUUAACUUCCCAUUUCUGUA